AUGGAUAAUUCAACAGUUCAGAACGCGAUGGUCGCUUCGCCAGACAAUCAAAGUGGGCAGUGGAACGGAGAUACUUCUGGUGGAAAUUUUACAGAUACGAACACCCCCAACAGUGUGGGGAGCAGCACCGUUGGCGCGGACGGGAUUCCUCCUAUCAGCUCGGCAACAACCUCUUCAUUGCUGCCCGCAACCUCCGACUUGGCGUUUAACACAACAAACUCUUCAUUACUGCCAUCGACAUCCGACUUGCCCCUUAACACAAUCAACUCUAUGCCUGAUCCCAUGGCCACGAUAACUGCCCCAUCCAACAUGAACUCCUCAGAACUCGCUCCUAGCCCCUUACCAUCUUCCUCGGCUAUUCCCGAGCCUCUCAACCCAAGCGUCAUGGGCCACGUUGAGCUCAAUGCCGGCAUGUGGCAGCAGCCGGGCAUCAUCAUCGGAGUGGCGUGCUCAGCCCUCGGGUUUUUAUGUAUUAUUAUUGGGCUGGCAUAUCACCUCUACCGGCGGCGAGCUACGCGUCGACCGAUCCGCGGUCUGCGGGUUGUCUCUGGCUUCGACUUCAACGGCGGAGGCGAGGACGACUACUCGACCUAUAACAUCUGGGACCCAAGUCCGAUUGGCAUGGAAGCAACCGAUAAGGGCGAGAAGGCCGGCUUCGAGCACGAAGGCUCACUGACCAUCAUGAGUAGCAUCAGAAACUCGACUGCUACUACUUACUCUAACGCCGAUGACGACGAACAAAGCUAUCCUUCUUCCACUCAGUCCUUUCCUAUCCACGAAAAAGGCAUAGCUCUGUGA